AUGUGGGAAUCGAUUCUGUUAACGGUGGCUGCUACCGCCGGCAACAACAUCGGAAAAAUCCUUCAAAAGAAGGGUACCAUCAUUCUCCCCCCUCUCUCCUUCAAGUUCAAGGUUAUUAGGGCUUAUGCUUUGAACAAAACAUGGUUGAUAGGUUUUCUGAUGGAUAUUUUUGGGGCAUUUUUGAUGUUAAGGGCAUUAUCUCUUGCUCCAGUCUCUGUGAUUCAACCAGUUUCUGGCUGUGGACUAGCAAUUCUGUCGGUCUUUUCUCAUUUUUAUCUCAAGGAAGUCAUGAAUGUUGUUGAUUGGGUUGGAAUUAUCUUGGCUGGUUUUGGCACAAUAGGAGUUGGUGCUGGUGGCGAAGAGCAGCAAGAGGCGGUUGCUCUAUCCAUUUUUCACAUACCAUGGCUGACGUUUGUUGUUUUCAUCUUGUUUGUAGAAACACUUGCACAGAUGCUGCUUAAUGGAUGGCUUCGAAUAUACAAGCGCCAGCGAAGAGAACAAGAGAUGAUGGAAUAUGAUGUUGUGGAGGAAAUCAUUUAUGGCUUGGAAUCUGGUAUUUUGUUUGGGAUGUCAUCUGUAAUUUCAAAGAUGGGAUUUCUAUUCCUAGAGCAAGGUUUUCCCAAAGUGCUGGUUCCUAUAUGCCUCCUGAUCAGUGUGUUUUGUAGUGGUAUAGGCUUUUACUACCAGACACGUGGCCUAAAGCAUGGGAGGGCUAUUAUAGUUUCUACAUGUGCAGCUGUGGCAUCGAUUUUGACUGGUGUACUUGCUGGGAUGCUUGCUUUGGGUGAACGACUUCCUUCCGCCCCAAAAGCCCGUGUAGCACUUCUUCUUGGAUGGCUACUUAUAAUUACGGGCGUGAUUUUGCUCGUUGGUUCAACACGGCUUGUGAGAUUCCUCACUUCUUCACAGCGAAAAAGAAGCAAUGUUGAGAAGAAUUUUGGCCCUAGAAGAUCCACUUCUUCCCGUACAAGGGAGCCAAGUCCUACAAGCGCUGUCAUUCAAGCGGCAACAUUAAAUCAUCUGCUAUCGUCUUCCAAAGAAAAACCUUGA